GGGCACACCGGCAGAAAAAUGAAGGUCACGUCCGAAAAAGGCGCCGACGUGAGUGCUGGCUACACAAAGCCGCGCCUUGCGCAGCUGGAGAACAUGCUGCAGGAGCUGAGGAGGUGCGAGGAGCGCAAACGACAGCAAGGCGUUGAGAGCGCGUCAGUUGCUGCUAAGCAGAAGCUGUUAUACGACCAGCUCCUGCAAACUAAAGAUGAACUUGCUGCCACGCAAGCGAGCAAGGCCAAAUUGUGUGAAGAAAUCGGGACGCUAAAGCAGACCAAGGAUCACCAAGCUAAACAGUUAAGCAAGUAUAAGCUCGACUUGCAGGCUGCACGUGAAUCCCAUGCGGCAAUGACGAAGAAGAUGGGGGAACUCGAGACGUCAACGUGGACGAUCAAGCAGCAGUACAUCCGAUCGCUCGCUUCACGCAUCAAGACGAGUGCUCUGGUUCUUCAGCAGCUGAACGCGAAAAAUGGGACCACCUUCAGUGCUCAUAUUUCCGAAACAAGCAGCGAAAGGGAGCAGGAUAAACCCAACAAACGCAAGCGUAUCAUGGAAGACAACGAGAAGCAACUAGAGGCUGUAGGUGGUGACAAGGUAUUGCCAAAGCAAGCAGGAAUCCCGGCGAAUAUCGAGUCUGGAUCUCGGCAACAGCAAUCACACAAUGUAGUAGUUGAACAGGUGACUGCAGCGAAGAUCAAGCUCGGUGUCGCCGUGACAGAUCACCACGAAUCGUUGUCCUCUGAUGAAACCCGCGAACAAAACGGCGAUCAUGCUGAAGCUGAGCGCCAAAUUACAGAGCUACAGUCUCAGCUCGCUACUCUCGAGUCGAAAUACUCGGCUUUAAAGGGUGCGGUCAUUGCGAUGGUUGAAAAACGAGGAUGA